AUGGUGACCUGCUCAAAGGUAAAAUCUAUUGAGGAUUUCUUCAAGCACAGCGAAGAUCUACAGGAACUUGUGGCCAAAUGUAACGGCCAGUACCACGUGUUCAGUAAUGAGGUGGAGGAUCGUUCUCAGGUCAUCGAGCUGCUCGAGAAGAUCAGAAAUAUAAAUGUGCAGAACGAACCAGACGGAUACAUUAAUGAGCCGAUCAGGAUUGUGAUGGUGGGGAAGACAGGAGUUGGGAAGAGCGCCACAGGAAACACCAUUGUGGGAAAACAAUGCUUUAAAUCUGAGUUCUCCCCUAAAUCUUUGACUACACUCUGUGAAAAGGCUGACGGUGAGGUGGACGGACAAAAGGUUGCUGUUAUCGACACUCCGGGCCUGUUUGACACCAGGAACACUGAAGAGAAAACAGUUAAAGAUAUUACCCAGUGCAUUGCUUAUGCUUCUCCUGGACCUCAUAUCUUUCUGAUCGUCAUCAGACUGGGCAGAUUCACAGAGGAAGAAAAGAAAACUGUGCAGAAGAUUAAGGACAUUUUGGGAGAGGAAGCCAAUAAAUACAGCAUGGUUCUCUUUACCCAUGGUGACCUGCUCAAAGGGAAAUCUAUCGAGGAGUUCUUGAAGCAAAGUGAAGAUCUGCAGGAAGUUGUAGCGAAUUGUAACGGCCAGUAUCACGUGUUCAAUAAUGAGCUGGAGGAUCGUUCUCAGGUGACUGAGCUGCUCAUGAAGAUCAUGAAUAUAAAAGAGAAGAAUGGAGGAAGUCAUUACACAAAAAAAAUGUUGCAGAUGGCAGAGAGGGCGAUGAAAGAGAAGAAAAGACAAAUCAUGAGGGAGAAAGAAGAGCAAAGGUGCAAAAUGCAGGAAAGACUGGAGAAGAAACUAAAGGAAACAAAGACAGCACAAAUGCAUCCAAAUACAGCAUCUUUGGUCUCUGUCCUCGGAGCUCUCUCCUGGGUCCCUUCGCUUGUAGAGACACUUUACGCCAGCAUAAACGACCUCUAA